AGGGUUUCUCUAAGGAAUGAGGACAAACCAUCGGUGAGCUGCUGCACAAAGGGAAAACCUGAACUCAACACUUCUGUUAGCUACACGGGCGCUGCUACAAAAACACUUACUAGAAACAGAAGGACUGCAUAAUUUUUAAAUCUAAAAAAGACAAAAAUGAAUUUCAGUAACGUAGCCUUGGUGGUUGCAUUGAUUCUGUUGACAGAGACUAAAGCUCAGAAUCCCAAGAAGAAACCGGCGCCUCCAAAGAUCGCUAAGGGUCAGUGCUGCGAUGAAGUGCGCACUCUCAAAGUUCAGGUGGCCAAUCUGACCAGCAUCCUCGAGGAGCUGAGUCGCAAGCAGGAGACAGACUUGAUUAAUGUUGUGAGGCAAAUAAUGGAGCUGGACAAGCAGAAGCAGCAGCUAGAUAAUCGGGUCACAGAGGCAGAGAGCAAGUACUCAGAGGUCAACAACCGCGUGGAGAUCAUGCAGCUGCAAACUCUGCAGUCGGCUACUCAGACUUCAUCAGAUGCCAUAUACGACUGUGCAUCCCUUUACGGCAAAAGCUACAAAAUCUCCGGCGAAUACAAACUGCCUAAAGAUGAGUUUCUGGGCACACCUGAGCUCAGCGUCUUUUGUGAUAUGGAGACAAACGGCGGCGGCUGGACUCUGAUUCAACGACGCAAGAUUGGUCUGACAUCCUUCAAACGUGACUGGAAGCAGUACAAAAGUGGGUUUGGAUCCGUCCGUGGAGACUUCUGGCUGGGCAAUGAGCACAUCUUCCGUCUAACCAGGCAGCCCAGCACGCUCAGGAUUGAGAUGGAGGACUGGGAAGGAGAGACACGCUAUGCAGAGUACGGCUUUUUCACACUGGGUAAUGAACUCAACAGCUACAAACUCUUCAUCGCCAAUUACAGUGGAAAUGCCGGAAACUCGUUGCGCUACCACAACAACACCAACUUCAGCACCGUCAACAGGGACAACGACAAAUGUGUGGACGACUGUGCUUCCCUGCGUAAAGGUGGCUACUGGUACAACUGCUGCACUGACUCCAACCUGAAUGGCGUUUUUUACCGCUACGGUGAGCACAAAAAGAACACAGAUGGGAUCACUUGGUAUGGCUGGCACGGCCCCAACUAUUCUCUCAAAAAAAUCGAGAUGAAGAUUCGGCCAGUGAGUUUUCAACCAUGAGUGCUUCAGCUGCUCGUCCCGGAUCAAGACCAUACGUAUGAAUAUCAAGAGAUCUCACCAAUACCAGGCUAGCCACACUGUGGCUGUCACCUGACUGCAAAAAGAAUGAAAUGCCCGUUUGUGAUGGUCUGGUAAAUUAGUCAGAUGAAUGUGUAAUGGUUCAUGUUGUGUUUGAUUGUAAAUUGUAGUUAUUUUUAGUAUAUUUAUCAGUAAAAUAUUUUGGUUAAAUAAUUUCAAAGAUGCUUUUUUAAACCACUGUCCCUUUGGGGCUACUGGAUUUUAAUUAUUUCUCUCAUUUGUUUUUAAAAACACAAGAAGGGAGUUUUUUUGGAACAAGUUAGAACUAAUUCAGACUGGUUCAGAUGUAAAUCACUAAAAAAAUGGUAAAAGUAUUUAAUAUAAAAGAAGUUAGGCUGGUAUUUGGCUCCUGUGAAACUUGUUUUUUUUGUGAUUGAAAUGUGUACUUUGUAAGAUAUGUACAGCUCUUUUAUCAUGUUGUUUCAUGUGAUUUAAAAUAAAAAUAUUUUUAAAAGAAACAACCCAAAGACUUGAUCGGAAAUAUAAAUCCUGUGUUGCUUUGUGACUAAUACUAAAGUCUGGAUUAAAAAAAAGAACUUCUUGGGGCCAUUCAGGUCAACUCAUAGCGGCAGCUUUGCCUCAAGCCUCUAACCUUAGGUCAUCUGCUGACAUUCUGGGCAGAGGUCAAAGGGUACAUGAGCCAAAUGAAAGAAUAGGACCACACAUGCUCUGCAUCAGAGGUUUUCUUUUCCUCUACAGAAUACUUUUGGAUUCACUUAAUUUUGAUUCAGUCCUUAAAGUUUGGCAUUUAUUUGUCCUUUAUGCCGUAAUGACUAUACGGCAUGCAAAAGUUAGUUUGAUGCUGACAAAUGUUGCUCUAUUUUAAGAGUUUAUGGUAUACAAAGGUGUGACCCCCUACAGCAAAAGCAGCCCUAAAGUACUAGUAGACAGUAUAAAUACAUGAAGCCAGUGAUGUAUUUACCACUUGCCAUUGGAAUGCAAUGUUUCAAUGUAGAGUAAAAAAAAAUUU